UUACCUGUCCUAAAUGAAUCGCAUACAAACUCAUAUACAGGUCCUAGACUAUAUAUAAUUUUUCACAAAUAAUUGUGGGUAUAUUAGGGACAAAAUAUUUUGUGAAACAUGGCGUUUUCGCCAUAAUUAAUAAAGCGAGAGGCAAAACAAGUAAACAAGGUAAUUGGUAGCCUGCGAACAGGGUAAUUGGCGUAGAUUGCAUCACUCGCCAUCGAAACAAAAUAACAACCCAAAUAAAACAAGCGAAUAACUUCAAACGAGAAAUCUAUUAAAACAAACAUAAUUAGAGGAAACUAUGGAAUCUGAUGAAAGAUGCAGCAGACCUCAAUAAGAACAAAGCAACACCUAAUAAGAUAACAACGAUUUGAUCAGCUCAAGAUAUUCAACUCCCAUCUCUCUCCCAAAUAGCCAGUACUGUUAUCGACGACACUGCACAUCACCAGCCUAAUUUCGAUGCUUUACGUAAUAUUUUUGUGGACACUCAACUUCGCAAGGACCACCAACUUACAAUUCCGCCAAUGACUGCGUCUUGGAAUACACAUGGAUGAUAACGCAAUUUAGAGUAAACACAUCUCUGCCGUUAUUCAACACCAAACUAGAACAAGUUAAACGAGCUAAACCCUACAUAACACCUGAAUUUUUACUUGUCUUCUACAACAGUUUGGCCAAGUCAACACUCAAAUAUUGUUGCAGUGCGUGGGGUAACUGUUCUGCGGAUGCACUUAGUGAAUUAACCUCCGCCCAAGAAAAUGCUGCAAGAAUUCUCGUAAACGCGGACUACGCUACUCCAUCCUUAAUUAACUUUAUUCCAGCACCUUCAAAUGAUAACCGUCACCGCAUCGUUCUUCUCAUCCGCCACCGCAUACUUCUACAAACCUUCAACUGUUUCCACGAAAUUAGCCCAUGCACCUUGCCCCAGCACGCGCCUAGAAAACCCGACCCACCACCACUCUACAAGGAUAGUAGAAAACAACAACCUGUUUCUUCCCAAAGCCAGGACCAACGCAGGAAAUCGCAGAUUUUCGUUCCUGGCUCCUUAUUUCCAGAUCUGGAAAAGAAAUUUACAACAACACGUGGGUUUAGAUCGUUCUGAAAAGCACAUUUUAAGAAGUUGAACAAACUAUCUAAGAUAACUAAACUGAACACAAAAAGAUUAUUCUAAAAUAAAAACGUCAAUUCUAUACUAAUAGUAGAAAUUGUUGAAAGUUAUAGAUUGUAAAUGUUGUAUGAUUGUGAUGUAUCGUGUAUGUUGUGUGUCUGUGACGUACAUGUGGCUGUAUAUUUUACGUAUUUAAAGUAUGUUAAUUGCAUGAGUAUCGUCUAGAGUAUCGUAAUCACGUAAUGUAAUAUAUUUCUAGAAUUUAGGAGGACCAGAUUGGAAACAAGCUGUACUGUAGCUUUAUAGCUUUGUAGCUUAUCUUUUGUUUAAUGGAAAAGCCUUUACCUUAAACAAGACUAACAAAACUUACAUAGUUGAGUGGAAUUUUCAAGCUGUCAGCGUUGUAUUAUGUGAUAUAACAAAGCCAGGAGAACUUUUCC